AUGCUCUCCACCACCCGUCGACUCAUCCCCACCACUACUGCCCUCUUCAGAGCAACCACCAUCGCUACUUCGACGGUCACACCAAACUUCGUGCCCAAUCCCAGAUUCAACCGGGCGAGGGCCUUCACUACUGCUGCAACAACCGCUGACGACAGCGACCCCGUCCACGGGAAAAUCAGCAAGCUCAUCCACGACAACCGAGUUGUUCUUUUCAUGAAGGGUUCACCAGCAGCGCCCAACGCUGAAGGCCUCACUGAUUUCACGUACGUAGACGUCCUCAAAUCGGAUGCAGUGAGAGAAGGUACUAGUAUUGCUUCCCCCCUUUCCUUCUCCUCUGCCACUCCCAUCAACUACGGCUUCCCACCUGGGAGAAUCGACGUGUACUUCUCUCGAACGAAUCGAUAA